AUGCGGUCUCACACAGGUGAGAAACCCUACAGAUGUAAAGAGUGCAGCAAUCAGUUUAGUCAGUUGGGUCGUCUCAAGAUUCACAUGCGGUCUCACACAGGGGAAAAACCAAGGUACACAAGAUCUAGGAGGAUGUCGACAACAAGCAGUGCACAGAGUUUGGAGUACGUCAGGAGAAAGGUGAAAAGGGAUUUCUCUGUGCGAUCUAACAAAGAGGAGAAACGCUACAGGUGUGAGGAGUGCAAUAAGAAGUUCAGAGAGCUGGGUAAUCUGAAGGCCCACGUGCGGACUCACACAGAUGAGAAACACUAUAUGUGUGAGGAGUGCAGCAGGCAGUUCACUUUGCUCCAUCAUCUAAAGGCACACAGGAUGACUCAUACCGCCUGA